AGUUUUAGUUUGUAUUUCAGCUUUCGUGCAACCAGUAGUAACAACCUGGUUGAUCAGACCCUGAUCCACCAUGAGGCCCGGUCUCAGACUGAGCCACGGGGGCAUUGAACCCCGAAACCCUCUCCAGGUCACUCUUCAGACUGUGGCACUUCUUCCUUAUAGCAGCUACUAGUGGCCAUAUAGAAAAGUAUAUAAUUCAUGUACUUACUACAAGAAUACAGUUGUUGUCUUCACUAUCUCUGUGUACAGUCCCACUAUCAUAAAAUAUCCUUAUAUGUUAAGCUAACAAGUAUUAAACAAAUUUGUGUUGACACAAAUGAAUACACAAAUGUUUCAUAGUGUGUUGUGCCAUUAAUUCUGUGUUGUGCCAUUAAUACUAAAAAUAUAAAUACUUCAAAACAAAAAAGGUAAAAAUUCUUUGUGAUAAACUAAAUUAAUUACCUUUAUUGUUUAGCCAACAGAAAAGUUGAACAUAAGUAGUUAUAUAGUUUGAGUAAAUAAUUUUUAGACAUCAGUCCAGCACUCAAUAUCAAGUAAAAAGUGAACUUGUAAUAUUGUGUGUGUGCAUGUACUGGAAGGAGUUUCUGUUCUUAGUGUAAUAACUUCCUCUUCUCUUCUUCCUCCUCCCACUUUCUUCCACAUCAGUAGUGUCCCUACUGAUGUGGAAGAAAGUUGCUGUUCAGAUGAUCUUCUGAACAGCAACAUAAUAGCAUAUUCUUAGAAAUAAUUAAUAUGUACAGAGUGUAAAUUAUUUUCCAUAUUGUUUUGAUAUCUAUACAUAAGUGUUUCCAUAGUAAUUGAGAAAUUAUUUAAUUCAAGAGCUCAAACUUAAUAAAAGAAAAUCUUAAUUAUUGUUCAGUGUGUUUUAAUAAAUUAACACUGAAGAGUUUAUACACAAAAUAAGUUAGAGAAAACAGCUUGAUUGUUCCAAACUAUUUUCAGUAUAGAUACACAGGAGAUCAUACAUGAGAAUAUUUAUUUUUGUGUUCAAAAUAUGUAUUACAGAAAUCAUGUACAAUGCAUCAUGUAAAAGAUUUGUCCAGUGAGAGCCCAGUUCAGGCUCCACAAUGUAUAGCAGUAUUUAACCCAAAAUCCUCUGUUAUAAAAAGUAUAAUAGUUCAUAUGGAAGUGAAGCCACAUCAAUGUUCAGAGUGUAUAGCCAAUUGUAUACAAGUAUCUUGUGAUAUUAAUCCCUUGGGAAUUCAUGUAGAAAACAAUCCUUCAGAAUCACACCAGUGUUUAUUGUUUUCAAAGCAGUUUUCACAGGAGACACAUCUACAAAAGCAGAGGGAAAAUCAUAGAGAGAGGAAACCAUGUACUUGCUCAAAAUGUCAAAAAAAGUUCUUUUAAAACCAGGAAGUCUAAUACAACAUCUCAGAAAUCCUUGUGGAGAAAAUCCAUAUCAGUGUAUCAGGUAUUUAAAAGACUUAUCAACCAAAAAAGCUCUAAAACGACACAUAAUUAAAAAAAGAGAAAAACCACACCGAUGUUGUAUGUGUCAAAGAGAUUUUUCAGACAGAAAAGCUUUAAUAAGGCACAAGAAAGUGCAUACAGGUGAGGCAGGAUACCAGUGUUUAUUGUGUAACAAAGAGUUCAUUAAACGAUCUUGUUUUAAACACCACAUAAGAACCCAUGCAGAAGGAAAAUUUCAUCAGCUUUCUGUAUGUUCACAAUCGUUUUCAGAAAAAUCUCAUUUAGAUCAGCACUUAGUGGUUCAUAAUGGAGAAAAACCAUAUAGCUGUACAGUGUGUUCAAAAGGUUUUUUAAGUAAAACACAGCUAACAAGACACACAAGAACUCAUACAGGAAGAAAACCUUUUCAGUGUUCAGUGUGUCAGAGAAGUUUUUCAGAUAAAGCAGUUCUUGGACAACACAUGGUAAUUCAUUCUGAUGAGAAAUAUCAGUGUUCGGUGUGUUCCAAAGAUUUCUCACAAAAAUCACUUCUUGAUCAGCACCUGAGAAUUCACACAUUAGGGAGACCAUUUCAUUGUUCAGAGUGCUCAGAUUGCUUUAUAAAUAAAACAAAACCAAUGAAGCACAUAAGAAUUCACACAGGAGAAAAGCCAUUUCACUGUUCAAUAUGUCUAAAAGAAUUUUCGGAGAAGUCAAAUCUAGGGCGGCAUAUAAGAGUUCACAAAAGAGAAGAACCGUAUGUGUGUUCAGUGUGUUCAAAAAAUUUUUCUCAGAAAAUACAUUUAGAACAGCAUAAGAAAGUUCAUAAUGAAAGGAAACAGUACAGCUGUUCAUUAUGUGUUAAAGGUUUUUUCCAUUUAAAAAGCUUAGAACAGCACCUUAGAUGUCAUAGAGGAGAAAAUUCAUACCAGUGUUCAAUUUGUCAAAAGGAUUUAUCAGAUAGCACAAAUCUAAUACAACACAUUAGAGUUCAUGGAGAGAAAUAUCAGUGUUCAAAAAAUUUUUUACAGAAAACUAAUAAAAAGAAGCACAUGAACGUUCAUACAGAAAGAAAACGAUGUAAAUGUUCAGUGUGUGGCAAGGGCUUCUUCAGUAAAGCAAAUCUAAUAAGACACACAAAAAGUCACAUAGGAAAAAAGCUAUUUCAGUGUUCAGUUUGUUUAGAAGACCUGUUAGAUAGUGCAAAUCUGGUGAAACACAUGUUAACUCACGAACCAGAUGGAUCACCCCAGUGUGAUGCGUCUGGUUCAGUGUGUGUCGAGGAUGUUAUAGAUGAAACUGGUCUAGAACAACACACCAGAGUCCAUACAAAAGAUAUUAAAGGCAAAGAGGAAGAUGUUACAGUUCAUGAAGAAGAGAUGUCUGAGGAGAGUUCAGUGUUGGAAGGAAAUAUUAAAGGCAAAGUGGACGAUGAUACAAGUCAUCGAGAAGAGCAAUCUGAUGAGAGUUUAGUAUUAGUAGAUUCUAUAGAUAAAGAAGUAAAUAUUACAGCUCAUAUAGAGAGUAUAUUGCAUCAGUGCUCAGCGUGUCAAAAAGAGUUUUCCGAUAAAGAAAUCUUCAUGCAACACAUGAAGUUUCAUAAAGAAGAAAAACUUGAGGAUUCAGUGGGUGUUGGAGAGUUUAACAGUAUAAAGGAACUUACAACAGUCCCUAUAGAAGAUGUAUUAUAUCAGUGUACAGAAUGUUUGAAAGAGUUCACAGAUGAAAAUGAUAUUAUACAACACAUGAAAAUUCAUGAAGAAAUGGAUCCUGAUGAGAGUUCAGUAUGUGUGGAUUUUAAAGAUAAAGAACAUGCAGCAGUCCACACAGAUGUUUUAUACCAGUGUUCAGUGUGUCAGGAAGAAUUUACAGAUGAGAAAAUUGUCCUACAGCACAUGAUAGUUCAUACUGUUGAGAAACCUUUCAAGUGUUCAGUGUGCUUAAAAGAGUUUCCAGAAAAAGAAAGUUUAGAACAACACAUGAAAGGUCAUGGAAGAGGGAGACCAUAUAACUGUUCUGUGUGUUUAAAAGGCUUUUUAACUAAGGCAUGUAUAAUACGACACAUGAGAGUUCAUACAGGAGAAAAGCCAUUUCAGUGUUCACUGUGUCUAAAACACUUUGCGAUAAAUCGUUUUAAUUCGACACAUGAGAAUUCACACUGGAGAAAAACCAUACAAAUGUUCAGUGUGUCUGAAAGACUUUGCAGAAAAUUCACAUUUAAAACAUCACAUGAAAUUUCACACAGGAGAGAACACACAGAAGUUGCACAAAUGUUUAGUUUGUUCUAAAAGAAUUUCUCUAGAACAUUUGGAACAGCACUUGAAAGUUCAUUUAGGAGAUAAACUAUUUAACUGUCCUGUGUCAAAAAGGCUUUGCAAGUAAUAAAGGUUUAAUGAGACAUAGCAAAGUUCACACGGAGAAAUCACAUCAGUGUUCAGUGUGUUUCAGAUCAUUUGCAAGAAAUUCACAUCUUCAACAGCACUCCAAAAUUCAUACAGGAGAGAAACCACAUGAAUGCUCAGUGUGUUCAAGAAGAUUUAUUCGUAAAGAACAGCUUCUGCAGCACACUAGAGUUCAUACAGGAGAGAAACCAUAUAACUGUCCAGAGUGUCAUAAAGACUUUAGAUUUAAGGUAAGCCUUAACAAGCACAUGAGAGUUCACACAAGAGAGUAAUUGUACAGUAGGGCCCCGCUUUACGGCAUUUCGCUUUACGGCGUUCCACUAAUACGGACAU